UGGCGCAGGGCGCGGCCCCGCCUCUCCCCGCUUCCCCCACACGGCAGGCGGCGAGCGGAGCGGCGGGACCCACCGGGCCCACGGCGGAGGCCCAGCAGGUAGGCAGGGAGCCGCUCCUCAUCCCGCCCCAAGCCGCUUCCCCGAGGAGAAGGGAGGAAAAAGUCCAGGAGGAGACAUGAAACCACCUCUGAGGGACGGGGAAGCGCGGUGAGGGCUUCCCGCAGGAAUCUUGACCCCUCUCGGCGGCUGUACGCCGUUCCCGCCUAAAGCUGCGGUGGGCGGGCCGAGGCCUCCUCGCCCCGCCGAGGCCCUGCGGCCAUGAAGCUGCUGCGCCUGUUGUGCCGCCACAAGACGGCCCUGGGCCUGGGCGGCCUCUCGCUGUUCGGCGCCGUCCUGCUCUACCUGGCCAAGUGCACCUCGGAGGGGCUGCGGCCACUGCCCGCGCCCCGCGGGCUCCCGCAUCAGCAGCCCGCGGUCCCACCACCCCGUGGGCCGCACCCCCCGGCCGCCCCGCCACCUUCCCCUGAGGAAACCGCCUUCCUGGCCGUGCUGGUCACCAGCGGGCCCAAGUACAGCGAGCGGCGCAGCAUCAUCCGCAGCACGUGGCUGUCGGCCGCCGGACGCCCUCCUCACGACGGCAUCUGGAGCCGCUUCGUGGUGGGCACGGCCGGGCUGGGCGCCGAGGAGCUGCGGAGCCUGGAGCUGGAGCAGAGCCGGCACAGGGACCUCCUGCUGCUGCCCGAGCUGCGCGACUCCUACGAGAACCUGACCGCCAAAGUCCUGGCUGCCUACGUCUGGCUGGAUCAACACCUGGACUUCCAGUUCGCCCUCAAAGCCGACGACGACACCUUCGUGCGCUUGGAUGUGCUGGUGGAGGAGCUGAGGGCCAAGGAGCCGCGGCGCCUCUACUGGGGCUUCUUCUCCGGCCGCGGCCGAGUGAAAUCCGGCGGCAAGUGGAAAGAGAGCGCCUGGGUGCUCUGUGACUACUACCUGCCCUACGCCCUGGGCGGCGGGUACGUGAUUUCUGCAGAUCUGGUGCGCUAUUUGCGCCUCAGCAGGGACUACCUGAACAUGUGGCAGAGCGAAGAUGUGUCCCUGGGGGUCUGGCUGGCCCCCAUCGACGUGAAGAGGGUGCACGACCCUCGUUUCGACACCGAGUACAAGUCCCGAGGGUGCAACAAUAAGUACAUAGUAACUCAUAAGCAAAGCAUCGAGGACAUGCUGGAAAAGCACCAGACGCUGGCUAAAGAAGGAAAGCUCUGUAAGGAGGAGGUUAAGCUCAGGCUUUCCUACAUGUACGACUGGGGAGUGCCUCCUUCACAGUGCUGCCAGAGGAAGGAUGGAAUCCCCUGAGAGGCCGGGGAACAGGCGGAGUGUUGGUGGACGCUGUGAGCUCGGUUACUGUUACUUGGGGAGAAUCCCAGUAGCAAGGGCUUCAAAGUUAUUCAAAAAGAUUUUGCACGAUUCGUUACGUCAUGAUCAACGGAACCCUGAAACUCCUAAGAGCUGUUGACGUGGGAUGAUGUAGAGAUGCUUAAAAAAAAAAAAGUGACAAAAAGCAAGGAAAGGCUCAUAUGGCAGGAUAACACGUUGCAAAAUAUGGAUAGUAGAGAAAAUUUGGGGGAGAUAACUUGGAUGAAAAGUUGCUGGAAGAUCUUUAACAGAUUCCAAGAUUUAUUCUGCUAGAGAUCGCAGCAGGUCUCUAUGGUGGGGCAGAUUGUGAAACCAGCAUUUGCUGUUUAUUUCUUGGCAAGGAAAGAGUGUCAGUUUGGCAAGGUCUAAAGGUUCUGGCGGGGCUGCAAAUGAGCCACUGUUGCGGGUGGGAGCAGGUGCCUGGUUAUUGACACCGGUGGUCAAGUAAAGGGAAGAAUUUGACCUGGAUAUUCGUGUUAAGGGAGGGAGAGUCAGUCUGUUCUCUGGCGAGUGCUCCAGUUCACGAGAACGAAAUUAUUACCUUCUGUUUAACUCAUCUCUAGGAUUUUUCCUGUUUUCAGGACAUAAUGUACAUAAAAUAUCCGGCAGCUAUGGAGUAAGUCUGGAUUUAGAAAGGUGAAUAAGCUACGGUAUUUGGGAGAUAUAGAAUAUGUUAUUUUGGAGGCAGAUAGUUACGCUACAAAGUGAGCCUGCAGCUGCUGUGCAGAGGUGUCCCCCCCAAAUUCCUGUUUGAAGAGAACUUUGUCUCUCUGUUCAGGACCUACAUUGUGAUUUAAGGAGAUUUAAUCCCCCAGCAGUCACUGGGAUCCCCAAAGCUGAACUGUGCGGGUUCCUCUUCUCCAACUGCAGCUCAGAGCGGAACUAAAACUCAUUUUACAGGAGAUGUAAGUUAAUUGCUCAAGUGAUACGUCAAUGAAUGUCCCUUAAUCCUGUCUACACUACAAAUAACUCCAGUUCAGACAGAGCUUGUCGGCGGCAGGUUAAUAUUGAACAGGAAACACAGGCAGGACAUCCUUGGCCAUAGAAUGGAUGACUUAGACAAUUUCAUUGCAUUAUUUAUCUUCAAACCUUUAGGUAAGCCUAUAACUCAAAUGCUUUUAAAUGGCAGCUGCUCUAAUACACAGAAAUACUUUUUUCCCAGUGUUAAUACAGAGCUACUGACUUCCAGAAACCUUUGUCAGCUGCGGAUCUUGCGGUAGAAGCAGAGUUUUUGCUUUUAUGCCUGAAGGGCAUUCUUAAUUCUCAGUUUUACUGUGUGUUGCACACUGCACUUUCAUACCAUUUCAUUCCGUCCCUCCCACCUGCAGGAACAGACUCAUUGCAAAGACAAAAAUAAAGAAGAGGUGCCAAUGUCUCGGUAUUUUUGCUUCUUAAAUUAGCCAGUUAGCAGUACAUACCAAAGGAGUCGAGUGGUUUUUGUUAUUCUUCUCGUUUUGAUUAAUUUAUUGAGGAUUAGGAAAAGUCUUCUGCAGAGGAUGAUAAUUCUCCAUGUUGAAGUCGUGAACAAAUCUUCUAAAACCAAGGAAGAUACUGAAAAAAUGAGUUAUGUUAGCAUGUGUCCAUUCUAACGCACGCUUCUGUAUCAACAGAUAAGCAGAUGCUCUUUUCAGCAAGGUCUGCUAUUCCAGAACAAGAAUUUAACAAGAUUACAGGAAAUUUAAAUUGAUUUUAGCAUUUUAAAAACCCAUCUCGUUGCCAUUUGGGGUUCACUAGUAUUGUGUGUAUAUAGGUGAUUACAUGCUUGUAAUGUAUUUAUUUAUAAUUAUUGAAAACGUAUUAUGUAUAGGAAAAAUAAGAUAGUUCAAUGUCAUUUUGAAUUUGUUUGAGGAGGUUCUGUAACAUCCAUGAGAAUUAUGUAUCAAGCAGAGCUUGGAUUUCUGGGUGUAGAAGCUGUUAUUUAAGGUACUGCAGAUCAAACCUCCGCUUUGUGUCUCUCAAGCUGGUCAGAAUGUGCUUCUUAUCCAUUUUAUCAAUAACUGCGCUAUGGAAAUCAUUUACAACGCCGACUUGGACUCUCCGUACCCACAACUCCCAUCCUCGCCCCCAAAAAAGCGUUUUUCCUUGCUGGCAAAAUCAACAGCUGCAAAAUGCUGGAUCCCCCUUUGAUAUUUGACCCCAUGGAAAACGUUUGUGUACAAAUACUUGAUAAUUAAGCGAUUCUCUUGAUGAAUUUCUCAUACGAGUGUCGGGAAGAGAGUGGAAACCCUGGAAUUCAGAGCCACAGGGCCCGGUGCCCACCAGGGUCUGAUGUUACGAGGUGGAGUUGGGAAAUGAUGGUGAUUGCUCAGAAUUCCUCGUACCUGGAUGUUGCUUCAUUAAACCCUUUUUCUUGGAGGUUCCCCAUGUUUUGCCCUUGUUGCAAAACAAAUUAACACAGAAGAUUUGACAGAUUCGUGUCCUUCGGUGAAUGAUUUUAGUUUUCUUGGUAGACGUCCCCUUCCUGGAAACACAGCGCUUAGAUCUCAAUCCUCGUUAACUGAGGAAUUCCACAAAAAUAAAAGGUUUUAAGACUUUUUUGCAUAUUGUAAGAGCAAAUGGAAUCAUUUAGGAGAGCAGACAUCCCAUAUGUUGUAUGGAAAAGCCUAGAAAAACAUUAGCAAGCACAGGAUUAUUUUUAUUUUCUAUUUUACUAGAAAGAACUUGCGUGUGAAAGCCUUGUUAAUGUUCUGAAUAAUUGCGAAAGUCUAUUCCAGAAGUGAGUCACUAAAGUUUUAGAACUUAACAUCUCCAGCCAAAUUUCAUUUUCAAGUCCAUUUUGUCUAAAGCAAAAUAUAAAGCCCAUUUUGAACAAUGUACAGAUUUGAGUGUUUUAAAAGCAGGAAUUGAAGGCUGGUUUUUGUAGCUUCUCAGGACCAGGUUCUGUAUUUCCUGACGUCAUCUCACUAGUUUAUGAUGGUUUUGUACUUGAAAACUAUGGUGUCAUCUUUGUCUCUUGAAAAACAAUUAUAUCAGAACAAGAAGUGUUAUUGUAUCCAC